AAGAAAUGCAUUAGGAGUUAAUAUAGUGAAGUCUGAUGGUGGCUAAUGUGUAUACAACACCAAACCCUAAGGCCUCGACUUACCGGAACCCGAAGAGACCUCCAUUGUUACCUUCCGAUGCAGAGAAUGGCCCUGGAAGACAUAAAUCUAGAGAAAUCACUUCUCGCUACAUGUCUUCUACUUCUUCCAGUUCGACGUCGUCGUCUUCAGCAACCUCUUCUUCGUAUUUGUCAUCUUCAAAUUCGUCGUAUUCGAGGCGGUGUCCGUCGCCGUUGGUGUCCAGACAAGUUGCGAUGACGCCGAUGCCGAAUUUGAGUAAGAGGUCGCAAUCGGUGGAGCGAAAAAGGCCGGUAACGCCGAGGCCGAAUACGCCUGAGAUGUCGAAUGCGAGGAAGCUGUUGGUGACUUCGACGAGGAGUUUGUCAGUGUCGUUUCAAGGAGACUCGUUUUCACUUCCGGUUAAUAAAGCAAGGCCGACGCCAGUGAAUAGUUUGAGCAAUACUAGGAAAGGUACCCCUGAGAGGACGAAAGCGGAGACGCCGCUGAGGGAUCAGACGGAGAAUUCGAAGCCAAGUGAUCAUCAUCGCUGGCCGGGGAGAUCACGGCAACUUGACGAGUUCUGA